GCCAAUCCCAACUCCUUCUGGGGCCAGGGCCUAGGCUACCCCUGCUCAAUGUACCAGCCUUGAUCAUACCCAAACGUCCAAUCCUAGACUACCCCUCCACACUUCCUACUAGCUCACUCACCAUGGUCAAUGUUCCAAACGUAGCAGUCAUCGUUGGCUCCUCAAAGGGCAUUGGGUUGCACCUCGCUCGAGCCUACCUUGCCCGUACCGACCUGCAGAUCAUCUCCCUCUCCCGCUCUCCAGACUCAGCUCGUAAAGCCAUUCUGGACACAAAGACCGGCUCUCCUCUCUCGACGGGUGCUCGAUCGGAUGAUAAGAAAAUCGGACAGGACGAUGCCUCGAAGCUCUCCUCGUUCGACUCUGGCCGCCUGACCAACCUAGAGGUGGACGUGCGCAGUGAAGAUUCCAUCGCCGAGGCCGCUAAGAGCAUCAAGGACAAGUUCGGCGAAGGCUCCCUCAAACUUCUGCUCAAUGUCGCCGGCGUCCUCACACCAGAGAAGAAUCUGCAGCAAGUGGAGUAUGAGGAGUUGAUGAACCACUUCAAGAUCAAUGCCUUCUUCCCACUCUUGUCCUUCAAGCACUUCUCACCCCUGCUGCCCAAGCCUGGCAAGUUCCCUGAAGACGCUCCUUGUCUGUCCCAUGGGCUGCUACCAAGGGGUCUGUCGGUCAUUGGAUCCCUCUCGGCGCGUGUAGGAUCCAUCACGGACAACCAACGUGGAGGCUGGUACUCCUACCGCGCCUCAAAGGCGGCGCAGAAUCAAUUCACUCGAUCAUUUGCCCGAGAACUCGACAAUCGAAACUUGAACGCAGCCGCCUUUGCUCUACACCCAGGAACAGUGCGCAGUGAGCUCUCAAAGGACUUUACAGGUGGGCCCGGAGCGUCCAAGGAGUUGGGCAAGGGGGAGUUCGAGCCGGAUCAGGCGGCGGCAAACCUCGUAGAGGUGCUCAAGGGGGUGAAGAAAGAGGACAAUGGCAAAUUCUUUGAUUGGGCAGGUAAGGAGGUGCCGUGGUAAAGCAAAGACGCGGGAACUAGAGCAUCAAGAGUGAACCGAUUGAACUGCAGAACAAUAGCACUGAAGAGAUCCAACGCAUAGCAUUACAGUGUCCUCAGCAAUCAUUAUCUGUGAAAAAUACCUAUGGCUUGCGUGACAUGUUGGUAUAAGAGAGAAACGACCUAAACGUGACGGGUACGACGGACGCUUCUUCGGAG